AUGCCAGAAAGCAGUCGACCAAGCCGAGCCUCUACCCUCAAGUCUCUGUUCUCAUGGCGACGCAGCCAGAACACGGAGAUCAAAGAUGAUGCGAGGUCUGAAAUUACACUUGUUGCAAACGAAAGAUAUAAACGACCAGGAGCGCCUGAGGUUGCCCCGAACUUUAACCGUGAGCUUCUUGAAUCCUCAAUUGACUGGAACAAUGCUGAUCAAGCUAUAGCAGCCGAUAUUGUUUUUCUAGGCAAACCCUUCGUUGCCCACAAUAUGAUUUUUGAACCAGCAGAGCGGACUUUGCUCCCAACAAAGGACCUCUUGUCGUAUAUUUUUGACGAGCCACUGUACGAUCAAAAUCAGCCAAUAUAUAUUGAUGUUCAUGACCCGUCGCGGUCUAUCUCCUGUAAUCAGGCGCGCAAACUAGUCCGCCAGCUGGUCGCAGGCCUACGAAAAUCAGGUCUCCAGCCAGGCGACUGCGUCCUGAUUCAUUCUUUCAAUGAUAUUAACUAUAGCAUUCUUGUGUUGGCUAUCAUCGGCGCGGGAGGAAUCUUCACAGGAUCCAAUCCGUCUUAUACCAUCCAUGAGCUAACUCAUCAUAUUAAAGCUUCCCAAAGCAAAUUCCUCAUCUCGGAACCGGAGAUUCUGGACUCGCUCCUGGGCGCGGCCAAGCAGACCAAGAUAUCCACUGAGAAGAUCUGGGUCUUUGAUAACCGUGGCCAGUCUAUUCCCAAUGGAAUGAAAUCAUGGAAAGCCCUGUUCGAGGUCGGCGAAGAAGACUGGUUGCGAUUUAAUAGCCUCAAGGUGGCCCAGGAAACUACAGCAGCUAGGCUAUUUAGCAGCGGAACUACGGGACUCCCCAAAGCUGUGACAAUCACUCAUCACAAUCUCAUUGCACAACACGAACUUGUGCUGGGAGCCAAUCCGCGACCAUAUCCGAUCUCGCGUAUUAUCGCUGUGCCCGUCUUCCAUGCAUCGGCAGCUCCUGUCACUCAUAUCUCCACAUUGAAAGCUGGAUCGGUUGCUUACAUGAUGCGUCGCUUUGAUCUCGAAGAGUUUCUGAACACGGCUGAGAGAUAUAACGUGACGGAUCUCGCGAUGGUACCUCCCAUUGUGAUUGCGAUUCUCAUGUCGCCUCUUUGCCAACAGCGACCAUUCCUCAAGGGGGUACGGCUAGCAUCUUGUGGAGCUGCUCCUUUGGACAAGGGGAUCCAAGGCAGAUUUAAAUCACUGAUGGGUGAUGGAAGCCCAUUCACCCAAGUAUGGGGUAUGACGGAGACUUCCUGUGUUGCGACCAUGUUUCCCUACCCAGAGCAUGAUGAUACGGGGUCUGUUGGGCGACUUAUACCAAAUCUGGAGGCCAAGCUUAUUGAUGAAGAUGGCAACAAUAUCUCGGCAUACGGUGUUCGUGGUGAGCUCUGUGUUCGCGGACCUACAGUGACACCGGGUUACUUUAACAAUCCCGAGGCCAACGCUCACGCGUUCGACUCGGAGGGGUGGUUUAAAACCGGUGAUAUCGCUUUCUGUGACCAGACAACCAGGAAGUGGUAUAUUGUCGAUCGAAGAAAGGAAUUGAUCAAAGUACGGGGCUUUCAGGUAGCGCCGCCCGAGCUCGAAGCUGUUCUUCUGUCCCAUCCACAGAUCGUGGAUGCUGCAGUCAUUGGAAUCAGCUAUCCAAAUGCGAAUACUGAAUUCCCUCGGGCUUAUGUGGUUCGACGGUCGGGUGACGCUGGAUCAAAACUGAGCGAGCAAGACGUUCAACAAUAUGUUUUGGGGCGGCUUUCCAAAUACAAAGCCCUUACUGGGGGUGUCAAAUUUGUGGGUGCCAUUGCAAGAAACCCCAGUGGAAAGAUUCUGAAGCGAGUCUUGAGGGAAGAUGCCAAGAAGGAAAUUGAAGCUGGGCUUCUCAGUCCAAAGCUUUAG